AUGGAUAUUGCCAUUCAGCACCCCUGGUUCAGACGCGCCCUGGGCUCCCUCUACCCCAACCGCCUCUUUGACCAGUUUUUUGGGGAGGGCAUGUUUGAUUAUGACUUCUUCCCCUAUGCGAGCUCCACCAUCAGCCCCUACUACCGCCACUCCAUCUUCCGCAACUUCCUGGACUCCACCAACUCUGGCAUCUCUGAGGUGAGGUCCGAAAGGGAUAAGUUCACAGUCUUCCUGGAUGUGAAACACUUCUGCCCUGAUGACCUCAAUGUCAAGGUGAUGGAUGACUACAUCGAAAUCCAUGGGAAGCAUGCAGAGAGACAGGAUGAUCACGGCUUCAUCUCCCGAGAGUUCUGCCGCCGCUACCGCCUGCCCUCCAGCGUGGAGCAGUCAGCCAUCACCUGCACACUGUCCCCCGACGGCCUCCUGACCAUCUGCGGUCCCAAGGUCACCGCAGGACCGGAGUCCAACCGCAGCGACCGCACCAUCCCCGUCACCCGUGAGGACAAGCCCAACUCCACCCCCUCCUCUUAG